CACGCCUUAGAGCAGACAGGAGAAUGCACGCUGGGGAGAAACCGUUUAAAUGCGCCGACUGUGGGGAGAACUUCAGUAGCCGGAAAAGCUACGUUAUCCACCAAAGAAUCCACACAGGGGAGAAACCUUAUAAAUGCUCGGACUGUGGAAAGAGCUUCAGGCAAAGGAUACAGCUUACCAUUCAUCAGAGAAUACACACAAGCGAGAAACCCUUUACGUGCUCAGAGUGCGGAAGGACUUUCCGUUGCAGCUCGAACCUCAUUUCCCAUCGGCGAAUCCACACGGCGGACAAACUCUUCCGAUGUUCGGCGUGCGGAAAGAGCUUCAACCGGAGCAAAAGUCUGACGUUGCAUCAGAAAAUACACAUGGGGGUGAAACCCUUCAAAUGCUCAGAGUGCGGGAAGAUCUUUAGCAGGAGCAAAAGUCUUAACUCGCAUCUAAGGAUCCAUAUGGGGGAGAAGCCAUAUACAUGUUCGGAGUGUGGGAAAAGCUUCCGUAGAAGAACUAGCCUUACUCUGCAUCAGAGAAGCCACACGGGGGAGAAGCCGUACAUGUGCAUCCUGUGUGGAAAGAGGUUCAGCAGGAGCUCAAACCUUCGGUCUCAUAAGAAAAUCCACACUGAGGGGAAACCGUAUAAAUGUCUGCAGUGUGGAAAGAGCUACCGUCACAGCAUCACCCUUGGUAUUCAUCAGAGAAGCCACACAGGAGAGGAACCUUUUAUGUGCCCAGUAUGUGGGAAGAGAUUCGGUCAUAAGCAUCACCUUACUUCACAUCAGAAAAUACACACAGGCGAGAAGCCAUUUGCCUGUUCCCUGUGCGGAAGGAGCUUCAGCCACAACAUCAGUCUUAAGAGACAUCAGAGAAUCCACACAGGGGAGAAGCCGUAUAAGUGCUCGGAGUGCGGGAAGGACUUCAGUCGGAGCACCAAUCUUAGGUCCCACCAGAGAAUCCACACGGGGGAGAAACCGUACACCUGCUCCGAGUGCGGAAAGAGCUUCAGUCGGAACACCAGCCUCACUUACCAUCAGAGAAUCCACACGGGGGAGAAACCCUAUAAAUGCCUGGAGUGCGGAAAGAGCUUCAGUCGGAAAACGGGUCUUACGUCUCACCAGGAAACCCACAAAGGGAGGAACCGUAUUGGUGCUCGGAGCGUGGAAAGAGUUUCGGCAGUCACAUGCCCUUUAACUAACGCGAAAGAAACCGUGGAAGGGAAAAUGGAGUGAAUCCCAAUGAGCACAGAAAGAACUUGUGCUGGCAUGCAGAUCUUCCAAAUGAUCCUUCUCCAGAAGGUGGUGUGUAAAUAAUUUAGACUGGAUAUUUUCCGGACUUCUUUU